UCGUUUCGUCAUCUGUACUUUCGCUUUUGUUUCUGGAGCAGCUGUAGUGAAGCUCGGCUCAUUCAGGACGCGGUCAGUCCGUCAUCGAGUGCUGAAUCGCCGCAGAAAUGUACGAGAUGGAAAAGGAGAACCUGCGGCGCUUUAGCGAUUAUAUCACGAAGUUUUUACGACCGUCAGUCAUCAAGAACUUCAUGACGGUAUACCUCGAUAAAGAGAUGGUGGAGAGCAUUCUCUCUACAGAGAUGACGUCUGUGACCGCAGCUGCCCAGAUGCUGCUGGACCAGAUGUGUUAUCUAGAGGAAGUGGGCUGGUUUCAAGCCUUUCUGGACAUCCUGCUCGCCUCAGAGUACACCGGGCUGCACGACGCCAUAAAAGAGUGGAACUUCCAGGAGUUAGAGCAGCUGAACGAACACAGGAGAUUUCUCGAGAGGAUCGAACCAACCAUCAACAAACAAACAAAGCCCACCCAGCUAACCGACCACAUGAGCGGCUGUCUAAAGCCCAGAGAGUGUGAGGAGAUCCAGGCCGAGGAGAGUCAGCGCGGCCGUAUAGCAGCCAGUGAGAAACUCGUGGCGAGUCUCCUGCGCUCAGACAAACCCAACUGGUUUAAACUGCUGAAGAUCGCGCUGGAAAACUGUGACUUAGACGAGGCUCGAGACAUGCUGGAGACAAAUGGAGGAGCUGCGGCCGCGAAGGCCAGCGAAUGGGACGCAGAGCCGGAAGCCAUGAUGACGACCGUGUGUUUCGAGUUCAGAGAGGAGGCCGAGACUGAAGACAUGCUGAUGAGCAGCAACAACAGCACGAGCGUCGCAGAGGAACCCGGCAGCUUCACAGGGAAGCCUGAGCGAUCAGGUGAGCGCAAGCUGAGAGAAUAUCAGAAGGAGCUGACCGCUGCUGCCGUCCAGGGCCAGAACACCAUCAUCUGCGCUCCCACAGGAUGUGGAAAAACUAUUGUGGCGUUGGCCAUCAGUGAAUAUCACCUGAAGCAGUUUCCCGAAAAAGCAAAGAUCGUGUUUUUGGCAACCAAGGUCGAUGUCUAUGAACAGCAGUACAAACUUUUCAAGGAGCAUUUUUCCAGCAAGGAUCCCAACAUCAGGGUGACGGGGAUGUGUGGCGAUAUGGAUUAUCUGUCCGUGCGCUGGCUCAUAGAGCAUCAUGAUAUCGUGGUGAUGACGGCUCAGAUCCUGGUGAACGCGCUGCAGAGCGCUGAGGUGCCGUCUCUGGAGAUCCUGUCGCUCAUCCUGUUCGACGAGUGUCACAACACGACCGGAAAACACCCCUACAACAACAUCAUGACCCGCUACCUGGACACCAAACUCACCAGCAGCACACACUCACUGCCACAGAUUGUGGGCCUGACCGCGUCGGUCGGCAUUGGUUCAUUCAAGAAUGGACUGGAGGCAGAGAACAACAUCUUACAGCUCUGUGCCAACCUGGAUACCAGGGUCAUCACCACGGUUACCGAACACAAGGAUGAGCUCAAGUCAUACGUGCACACGCCUGAGAAAGCUUUUUUUGAGGUUCAACAGUGCAUGAGUCACCCCUUCAUCAGAAUAAUCAAAAACAUCAUGAGUAACAUUGAGCAGCUGGCGCAGAAGACCUUCAACAUCGAGAGCCUGUCGAACAUCCAGAACCGCGAGUACGGCUCGCAGAAACGUUCUGUUCAGAAGAGCUGCAAAGUCUUACAGAUGAAGAACAAAGACGAGGAGAGACGCAUCUGCAGAGAACUCUACAACUACAACUAAAAAAUCCACACUAAACACCAGAGGAAAUAUAACGAUGCUCUGAUCAUUAAUGAAGACGCGCGGACUAAAGAUGCGCUGGAUUAUCUGGACGCGUUCUUUGAUCAGGUCCGGAACGCCGGCUACGACGAGACCGAGAGGAAACUCACUGCGCUCUACGACUGUCAGCGGCCGCAGUUACUGCGUUUGGCCACUGAGGGGGAGCAGAACCCAAAACUAGAUGAGCUGAAAUUCAUCCUGGAGGAAGAAUACCACAAUAAUGAUCAGACGCGCACCGUCAUGUUUGUUAAGACACGUGCCCUCGCCGACGCCAUGAAGAAAUGGAUUGAUGAGACUGAUUCCCUGAAGUUCCUGAAGCCUGGAGUUCUGAUAGGAAAAGGACGGAAAUCCAACUUUACUGGAUCAGGAAUGACUCCGAACAAUCAGAAGGGGAUUCUGGAGUCUUUUAAGAGCUCCGAUCAGAGCAAGAUGCUCAUCGCCACAUCGGUCGCUGAUGAAGGCAUCGAUAUCCCACAGUGCAACUUGGUUCUGAUGUAUGAAUAUGUGGGGAACGUGGUAAAGAUGGUGCAAGUUCGAGGUCGUGGUCGAGCGGAGGGCAGCCGUUGUUUCCUGAUCUCCAGUAAUAAGGAGCGCAUUGCGAAGGAGAAAAUAAACAUGUUUAAGGAGAAGAUGGUGGAGGAAGCCAUCGUGCAGCUGCAGAGCCGCCCCGCCGACCUCAGUAACAAGGUGGACAUGUUGCAGAGGGAAGAUAAAGCCCGGAGGGAUCACAUCAGCUCCAGUCCCGAAAAACCCAAAACCCAGGGCAGUUACGAGCUCCUCUGCAGCAAGUGCAAGAAGUUUGCAUGCAUGAGUGACGACAUCAGAGUCGUGCAGGGCGCUCAUCACAUCGUUCUGGAUCGCUCCAUGUUCAAGCGCUGUACAACCGCUCCCCAUAAGAACCCAAGAGCCUUCUCUGGCUUCUGUAAGAAAGAGAAGAUGCUCUGUGCCGAGUGCAAGCAUGACUGGGGUCUCAUCGCCUCUUACCUCACCAUCCAGGAUCUGCCGCUGUUGAAGAUCGAGAGUUAUGUGGUGCAGGACUGCGUCACUCGCAGGCAGGAUUGCUUCAGGAAGUGGCGUGAUGUGCCGUUUGCCAUGCGUGAGUUUGACAUGACGGAGAUCACGCCUGAGACGUGCCGGCCGAGAGACACAGCACCAGAUGAAGUUUAGCUCACGUUCCUCAUGUGUGUUUGUCAUGUGGAUCAUGGGGAAAUUAUGCUAAAAUAUAAUCCAAACAUGACUACAAUUAGGACUUUCUCAUCUUACUCCUUAUUCUAAUUGUAGGUAUUGUUUAAUUUGAUGAUCUGUGAUUGUGUAAUCCAGAUGAUAUGUACUCUUAACACCACACACACACACACACACACACACACACACACACACAAACAGAUAAUAAUCGUUAAUCACAAUUAGUCUCAUUAUUUUGUGAUGUUACUGGAACUUUACUGCAAAUGACACCUUUAUUGUUUUUUAUGUAUUGUAUUUUAAUUUGAACUGGGACAGGGUGGCUUGUCCUCGUAAAUUCAACGGAUUAAUUAGACAUGAAUUUGUAAGCUAGCCUUAGAUUAUGUGUGUAAUGUCUGAUUUGUCAAUUGUUCAUUAUUAAAAUCAUUAAUAAUGCAA